ACAACUCCACGCCAAGCCCGGCACUGAGUGACGCUCAGACGCUGACUCCAGCCAGUGUCCUGUGGGAGGUCGUGAGUGGUAGUACUGCGCUUCCCACUGCCACUCCCCGCUUUGUGUCAGUCCCGCAACACAUGCCUGCUUGUGUGUUACCAGGCUUUGGGUGGAAGAUUGUGACGUGAGGUGUAACGUGUGAACUCUGGUUACAGAAGGAACUUGUUAAGCCACAAAGGACACCUUCAAACAAAAGCAGAAGUGAACCCACGUGAGUGUUGGCUGCCCACCUACUGUCACACUUGCAAAGUUUAACCUAACUUCAGUAAUGCAGAAAGACCCAACCUAUCUGCUCUCUGCUGCUGGACUGUCACUUUGAAAAGGAUUAAACCGUUGAUUCACCGCCUGGACCUAUAAAGUGCUAACUAGGUGUUUACCCCAAAUCGGUCUUUAUUAACUGACUUAGAAAUAAAUUUGUAUUCUUCGCGUGAGAUCCAAAGUCUAUUGUCGAGAUUUAUGUGUUAAAGUGAGUGGAGGAGGUGGCAGGAGUGGUGGCAUAAUAAGAGAAUCAGUGCGGGACUCCUGAGUCCUUGUUGGUGUCCUGGGCGUCCCCACCCACACCUGGUCCGCCAACCUGCAGGUGUGGAUGAGGCCCAGUACUUCUGCUUAAUUCCUUCACGUAUCGGGAGAUCGUGGAGCACCAGCAGGUAAAUUGAAGUGCUCGUCUACCUUGGGGAUCAACUUCAGAUGUGGAGACCUGGGCGGUGGUAGUGGAGGAUGCGGCGGUGGUGGCGGUGGGCGGUAUGCGCGGGCGGGUGGGUGGCGCUCACCUACACCUUCUUCUUAGGCUUCGUCACCAUCGUCUCCCUCACAGACCCCGCCCUCAUGCGCACCUACCAGCCUCCACCUGACAACUUCCAGCCUCGGGGCACGUGGGCAUGGACAACACAACGAGGGGGGCGAGGUGCCCGGCUUCCCUGGUGUCAGCCACUACGAUGGAUGAAACCCCCCGGGACCUCCACGGCUCUCGUUUCUUUCCCUGGUUCCGGCAACACCUGGGUCAGAUACCUUUUACAGCAGGCAACGGGUUACUAUUCAGGGAGUGUAUACAAGGACUACGCCCUUAUGAAGAAUGGUUUCCCUGCUGAGUCUGUCUCCAACGGCUCAGUUGUGGUGGUCAAGACACACGAGUGGGGGCCUGAGAUGCGGAAAACAUUCGGUCGAGCCAUAUUAGUGAUGCGUGACCCUUACUUAGCUAUCCAGGCAGAGUUUAAUCGGCAAAGUGGUGGCCAUAUUGGUCAUGCCCAGCCUGACAAAUACACACGGGAUGGAGGACGCUAUUGGGAGAAAUUUGUGACAAACAAAGCUUUGGCAUGGAUGAACACAACUCUAGAUUGGCUAAAAUUUGAUCGUCCACUACAUCUAGUUUUUUACGAAGAUCUCCUGGAUAACUUACCAGAGGAGAUGAGAAGGAUCCUGGAGUUCCUUGAUCUAGAAGUUUCCGAUAGUAAUUUUGAUUGCAUGCUAAGACACCAAGAUGGAAUAUAUAAAAGGAGAAGGAGACCUUUGAAUUUUGACCCAUUUACACCUAAACUACGAAAAUUAGUAGACAAAUGUAAACGCUUGGUAGACCAAGCAGUAAGAGAGGUUUUAGCUGGUGGUGAUGCUAAACUGGUUUUACAUAAUCUGAACUAUUCAAAUGAUAGCAAUGGAAACCAGAAAUCUGUAACCAGAUGAUGAUCAGAACAUGGAAGGUUUGUCAUAAUAUUUACAGUAUAUAUGGUAAUAGUCCAUACAAGUUUUAGUGUAAUUUUGUAUACCUGUAUUAACAUAAGCUGUCAUCACCUAUGUAGUGGUAUAAUGUUGUGUUGAAUCAAGUUGAUUGUGCACUGUACUUUUAUUGAUGUAAACUUUCAAAUGGU